AUGGAGAAAUUUCUUCAUCAAGACACAAUUCUUCGACCUAGACCUCCAUCUGAUAUGUUUGCCUCUACCAUGGCAGGUGAAACCGCUAGGUCUAGUUUCAGAGUUCUUAUACCCGACCGCAGGCACAAAACCGCAGGUUGGAGAGAUGAAGCAGACGGAGAUGACUUCAGAUGCGAUCAUUUUGUUUCACCUCAAGGAGAGCAUAAGGCCACUAUAGUCUGGCUGCAUGAUAAGGAUGAUCAUUUUUCUGACUCAGUUAAGUUUGCGAGAAUUUUGGGUCAUAAAAAUGUCAACUGGAUAUGUCCACCGAUCGUUUACACAAACACAUCGUACAACUUUGGAUCUAAUAUCAAACAAGACGAUCAAGAGACAUUAGAUACCGCAGCCUACCUUGUUGCUUCUCUUUUAUCGGGUGAACCACCAAAUGUCAUAAAAAGAGUAGGAGGUUGUGGCAUGGGUGCAGUAGUAGCUCUCCACUUUGCAAAAAAAUGUGCUCUUGGACAUUAUCCUAUAAAUCCCCGAGUUGUUGUUGGAAUUGAUGGGUGGCUUUCUAUUGUGGGGAGCAUAAAAAGCAGUAUAGAAUCUGCAGUUGGGGCUUCAGCUCGUGUUGCAUCGCAGUCAAUCUUACUUACGCAUGAAACAGUCGAGCGUAGACUUCCUUACACCAGUGAUGAAGAAGUUGUUGUGUCCCUUAAAGAGGCUGGCUUUGGAGAAGUCUUACUCGUACCAUACUCAAGGUUAUGCCAAUGUGUAGCCUUGGAGAAAUGGUCAUGA